AUGGAUGAAGAAGUGCUUGUGUACCUAUAUACCCUCUUUUGGACCUGGGACAAUACUCUCACCAAAAUCAUUCACGAGGCCAUGCUCGUGGACGACCUGCGUACUGGACUUGACGGUGUAGCCACCCUCAAAGAGGCAGGCCAAAUUGAAUUCUGCUCAGAAUAUCUCAUCAACUCAAUUUUAGCCCUUUCUACUAUUUAUGUACUCCAGAGCGACCUUUGCAUAACCCCGACCGGGCGCGUCUUCGCUGAUGAAGCCCUUCGUUUGCUCGAAGUUGAAGAAACAAAGCCCUCUCUACCCUUUCUGCAAGGCACUGCUAUAUUAGCAGUUUAUAAAUUAAGUAUUGGCGAAACGGCCACCGCCACUUAUCUUUUGGAGAAACUCCAUCUGCUGCCCUCUCCUAUGGAAUGGCUAGCAGCUUGUCCUUUACCAAACGACAAUACUGCGUCCUUGCGUGCGCAGGAUACAAGAACAGCCAUAGCUUGUAUUUGGGGUUUCUACUGUCUCGACGCCAAACUCGGACUAUUGCUUAAUCGGCAGAUGGUGCUUCGGAAGCCGCUGUUGGCAGAAAGAAUAAGCGAUGGAGCCGACUCGCAUCGCAGGCUGUGGCUCCCUCAUCCUCUGUCGUCGCCUUCCUGUUUGUCAUACUCUGCAGAGGCAUUCGUUGCCGACUGUGCCUUUGCCGAGCUGGCGAGGGAGGCGUUGCUUCAAAUAUCAGCGAACCGGGCAUGUCUCGUCCCGGAUUACAGUAGCACCAAGGACCUGUCAUACCGGAUGAUCAAAGCAAAGGUGUCGAUGGGUGAGAUGGUCAAAGGUGAUGGCCAUCACCUCCCGCGACGAAUGUUUCUCUUCCUGUCCUACUAUACAACGAGCAUUAGGCUACUUGAACCUUUCGUCCAACUAUCCUUUCUCGGCUUCGAAGGUGGACAGACAGCAGCGUCGCUCUCCUUGGCGAAUAGUAAUGCCAUCGUGUCGACACUCUGGAAUUACAGAACCGCAUUUGGGAUGCGGCACGAGUACUGGAUGCUGUACGCCUGUCAGGUUGCAGCUAUGGCUAUGCUAGUUCACCCUCAAUCGAUGUGCCUACAGGGAGAGUCCUUUGUGCGGGUGUGCCAACUCCUCACUAGCAUAGCAGAAAAACUGCCGAUGGCUGACGUUGGUGUCUCUGUGCUGAUAAGGUUUAUAUCGCUCAAAGAUAUUGACAUCCCAGCUGAGGCUCGCCAGCUUUUGAAUGCUGGCCGCCAGGGUGAGGAAUCAAACUACGAAAUCCACUGA